AUGAGGAACCAGGCAGCGCUGGAGACAGGAACGCUCUGCUCCGUGCUGCGUUUGGGCAGCCCCGGUGCCAACAGCACCAACCCAGACAAGCCGAAGGCAGCCGGUGCCAGCGGAGGGAGGCGGGUGACACCCAGGACCCCCCCUAACUCCCCCCAUCCCUGCGCAGAGAGCCAGCCCACGACGUCAGACGAGACCGUGGUGGCCGGGGGCACGGUGGUGCUCAAGUGCCAGGUGGAGGAUCCCGAUGACUCCUCGCUCCAGUGGUCCAACCCUGCCCAGCAGACCCUGUACUUCGGGGAAAAACGAGCCCUGCGGGAUAACAGGAUCCAGCUGGAGAGAUCCACCCCCAACGAGCUGACCAUCAGCAUCAGCGACGUGGUGCUGGCCGACGAGGGCGAGUACACCUGCUCCAUCUUCACCAUGCCCGUGAGGACGGCCAAGGCCCUGGUCACCGUGCUGGGGAUCCCCCAGAAGCCCCAGAUCUUCGGCCACGAGCAGCCCAUCGACGAGGAGAAGGUGGCCCGGCUCAUCUGCCGCUCCUCCGGCAGCAAACCCGCGGCGCAGCUGCGCUGGAGGAAGGGCAACAGGGAGAUCAAGGACUCGGGCACCGAGGUGGUGGAGGACCCCAACGGCAAGACCUUCACGGUGACCAGCAGGGUGGAGUUCCGCGUCACCAAGGAGGACAACGAGGUGGAGGUCACCUGCACGGUGGACCACGAGUCCCUGCAGAACUCGGAGAGGUCGACCACGCAGAAGCUGCAGGUCCACUACAAGCCGACGGCGAAGAUCGAGCCCCACCCGCAGUACCCGCGGGAGGGGGAGAAGCUGCAGCUGCAGUGCGACGGGCAGGGCAACCCCAUCCCGCAGGAAUUCCUCUGGGAGAAGGAAGGCAGCGACGCGCCCCUGCAGCUCAGCUCCGAGAGCGUCCUCAUCUUCCCUCUGCUCAACAAGAGUGACAGCGGCACCUACGUGUGCACGGCCACCAGCUCCAUGGGCAGCGUGGUGGCCAAGUACAACCUGGACGUCAGCGACGCCAGCCCGGUGCCCUCGACCACCAGCACCUACCACGCGAUGAUCGGCGGGGUGGUGGCUGUCAUCGUCUUCCUGCUGCUCAGCCUCCUCAUCGUGCUGGGACAUUACCUGAUCAGGCACAAAGGAACGUACCUGACCCACGAGGCCAAGGGCUCGGACGACGCUCCGGACGCCGACACCGCCAUCAUCAACGCCGAGGGCGGCCAGGCCGGCGGCGACGACAAGAAGGAAUAUUUCAUCUAAAGGGGUCAGAGAGAGAGAGAGAGAGCGAGCGAGCAAGCGAGCGAAAAAUGGAGCCAAGAGAACCCCGAUGGCAACGGCAACCAGACCACAAACCCCACAAAACCCAACAGAUUUUCUCUGGCGCCCGGCACGGGCGGACGGACGGACAGAGGGAUGGCGGGACAGAGAGCAGGGAGAGCCACCGGCCUCGAGGCGCUGCGGGCGCUUCUUGAACUUGUACAAAUCGUUCACUCCGACAGCGAGAGCCCCGGCCCCGUUUGCUUGCUUGCACCUCCAUCCCCACGCCCCGAACCCACAGACCAACCCGUGAGUGAGCGACUUCUUCCUUCUUCCUUUGGACCUUUUGCUUUGGUUUUGUGGCUGCUCUUUGCUUCGGGCCCUUGGUUGGGGUGUUGGGGCUGGGGUCGAUGUAGCUCUUCCCUUUGUUUCUCUCCGUUUCGGUUUCUUUGACGUCCAAGGAUAAAAUCAGCUCCGGGUUCCCGGGGCGAGCUUGGCACCUCGGGUUGGUCCCCGUCGUCGCCCCGCCGGUGCCCGGGGUGACUCCAGCUGGGAGCGGAGCCAGACCCUGCCCCGGUUUUAUCCUUGGUGGUUCUUGUGGAGCAGUGUCCAUGCAGGAGCAGAGCUGUCCUCGUGCAGUCAGUGUGUGAAAAGGGGUGAAAGCCCAGGGUGGGACCCCCGGAGACACCGGGAGCCCCCCACAGCUCCCCGGUCCCGCCUCAGCGGGAGGGGGGAGGGCUGAGGUUUAUUUUGGGGGGUGGGGGCGAAUCCAGAGGAAAAGGCCCCGUUUUUUUUUUUUUUUUUUUAACUAUUUUUUUAUUUUUUUUUUUUUUUUUUUCCUAAAUUCUCCGAUUGGAAAUGCCGAUUUUAACCAUCUAUUGAGAUGUUCAGUGCAGGAGGCAGCGCUCCCGGGGCUGGGGCUGCUUCCCUGGGAGCCCCGGAGCAGGGCUGGGGCUCUGCCGGGGUCUCUCUGCCCCCCUUCCCUCCCCAGCCCCUUCCCAGGGCAAGGGAUGAGCUUGGAAAGGGCUGAUUUUCCUCUCGGCUCCCAAAGCCCCAACCAACGGCGGCCAAAAUAACCAGAUUUGGGGUCUGGGGAGUUCGGGGGUCCCCACAGAGGUUGGUGGGGUGGGGGCUCAUCCUUCCUCCUCGCCCUUCCUCCUGCCUCUUUCACCACCACCACAAACACUUUUCCGGCACAGCCCCAGCUUGGCCCCCCUCAAACCAGGCACUCCAGGCAUGGGGGGAUCCCCCCGGCAUCGUUAGCUCAGCCCCAGCCUGGGAUGAGCUUUCCUGGGAUCCCACAUCCCGCUCUGGACGCCAGGGGAGCAGCAGGAGCCGCCCUUGAGCCGGGCUCCCCGCGGAUUUGGGGUUGUCCGGAGCAGGGGAGCCCUUUGGCAGGGGGUAACCUCACCUGGGAGGUCACCCCAUGGAUUCGGGGGCGGUCUGGAGGACGAGGAGACCCUUCGGGAAGGAACGAAAAUCCUCGGGGUGGGGUGGGAAACCUCACCUGGGAGGCGGGGGAAGAAUUUCACCGCCUCUUCCACGGGGCUGGAAGCGUCACCCCCUCCUACCCCUGCCAGCACCUGGCACCUGUGGGUGAGGCAGAGGAGGCCCAGCUCGGUGACAGGCACACGGAGGUGACGUUGGGGACACGGAGGUGUGACCGGGCUCCCGUGGCUCAGCUGCGUGUCAGGAGCAGCGGCGGCACUGCCAGGGGAGCGCGACACGGAGCCUUCCUUGGGUACAGCCGGUUUGGGGUUUUUUUUAGGGGGGUGUUUUUCCUCCCUUCCCACCUCUUGGAUUGGGGGACCUGGUCCUGGAGCCCCCAGGGUUGGGGGAUAAAUCCUGGGGCUGCCAGCGCUGUCACCGAGGUCCCCACGACCGAGUCAUUCCCGCAAAUAAAAGCAGCCGGACGUGCUCCGAGCACAAUUCCAUCUCCUCGGGGGCUGCAGGGAUCCCAGGCAGAGCCCCGGGAGCUGGGAGGGGAGUGGGCUCGGUGUUCCCUGGGAGGUGGGAGCUGGCAGGGACAGGGAGGGAUUUCCCUCUUGGAAUUCAGUUUCUCGCUGGUUCCAGCGCUCCAGAGCUGCUCCGAGGGCCGGUGGCAGGGAGAACAGCCUGGAUUUGGUGGUUUUGAGGCGCCACGGUGGGGUUUUUUUGUGUUUUUGGUGGUUUUGGGGUGUGGCAGGGCAGGCGGGGAGCUUUGGAGGACGGGCUCGGUGUCACCUGGGGGUGCCUGGGGACCCGCUGGGGUCACACCGAGAGGCUGGGAGGGCUCGGAAAAUCCAUCUGAGGCCACUUGUGCCAGUGAGGGUUUGGUGGAGGCCGGAGCAGUGGAGGAGGUUUGUGUCACACCUGGGGGGGGGGUGACAGGAACGCCAGGUGACAGCAGGGAGAGGCCGUGGGGUGACAGGGAGGAUUCCAGGUGGAAGCUGUGCCUGGGACACGCCAGGUCACGGUGUUGAAGCCACCUGGCGCGAGCGAGUCCCCGGUGACCCUGCCUGGGGGCGGGGUGCGGUGACAAAGUCCCUUUUGGGGUCACUGCGUGGAGUCCUCGGGGGUGGGCAGAGCAGGGCGUCCAGGUGACGUGGGGGGUGACAGCGUGGGGUCCGUCCUUGUCCCUCGGGGCCUUGGUGACCCCGUGCUGUAGCUACAAGAGGCUGGUGUGACAUCAGGGCAGGGGGAGGCGGCAGGCUCGGUGUCACCGUGUCUGGGAGAGCCCAGGCCACCCCCCUGUCCUUGAGGGGGGGCUCCUCCUUGGUGGCCCCACGUCCACCCGGUCACGGGGUUGGGCCGGGAGAAUCCGAACUGGGCGAGGAGGAUUCGGGAGCCCAGCGGAGGCAGCGGGGCCCUGGGAGGCUGCGGCCGCUUCCCGGCCGGCACUGAACUCUCAAUAGACACGAAAGCCAUAUUUUGGGGAGCUCUGGAGAGGCCGGGGGGCAGAGGCUGGGCUGUGUUGUUGUGCUGUGUUUUUUGUCUGUACAUAAAGGGAGCCAACGACCGUCGAUGUGAAUUUAUAACCUUUCUAAUAUCCUGUGCUAAUCUCGGAAAAUAAUCCUAUAAAUAUAUCUGGAUUACACACGU